AUGCUGUCGACCUGCGAAGGUGUUGCGGCAGCUCCGGAGAGAGGUGCGGAGCCGGGGGCCGGGAGUCAUAACAACGGCGUCACAGGAGCUCGAGUUUGGGGAGAGAGACGAGAAGGAGUCGGUGUUCAGGAGUGGCCCGAUGGAUCCAAGUAUGAGGGAGAGUUUGUUAAUGGGUUCAAACACGGCAGAGGAAGGUACACCUGGAAGAACGGAGAGUACUAUGAAGGCUCUUUCUACAAAGACUACAGACAUGGUGAUGGGGUGUACUGCUGGCCCACAGGCCACAGGUUCAUUGGCAAGUUCUACCUCAACAGAAAGGAAGGAUAUGGACGACAGCUGUUCCCUGAUGGAGCCACAUUUCAGGGUUUGUACCACGCUGACCAGAGGUUCGGUCCAGGUGUGGUUAGUUAUCCAGACGGGUGUCAGGAUGUGGGUCUGUGGCUCGGGAAGCGCCUGCUAAAGCUCUGUACCUCUGUAGAAGAAGGUUUCAGCCUGAAGAGCUUUCCUGAAUAUGCUGCCUAUAUGGAACCGGUGGUCACCACAGAUUCUCAGAGCCAGGUAGACACAGACAGACAUCUGCUGUCAGAUGAGAAUUUUAUCCUUCCUCCUGGCCUGGAGAGUUACUCGACGAAUGGUGACCACCUGCCGCUGCCCCCGGGCCGUAGAAGAGAGUUGGAUCAACACUUUUAUGGCGAGCUGUGGGAGGCGGACGCUCACCCGUACCAAGGCUAUGAGCGAGACCCACUCUCUGCUCUGCCCUUACAAGAACGCAUGCUGGCUCACAUACACAAACACAGACUACAGGCUGAAAAUGUGGACUGGGAUGUUGCAGCAGUUCUCGCUCUAAACAGGGACAGUUUUGGCCCUAAAGGCCCUUUGGAGGUCAGUUCAGAGAUGUUGAUUCAGCAGGCCACCAGAGGGGAACUGCAAGAGGUUUCACAGAUUCUUCAGAUGAGCUGUGUCCACCCUGACGUAGCAGAUUCACAGGGACACACUGCACUGAUCGCUGCCACAGUAAACUGCCACAAUGAUGUGAUCCAGCUGUUGUUGGAUAUGGGCGCUGACAUUGACAAGUUGAAUUGUGAGGGCAUGUCAGCCCUGGCCGUAUGUCAUAUCCUCUACUACCCUUUUCACUCUCUGCGCACCACAUCGACUGGACAACUAGACAAAACACAAGGUUUAAGGUCUCAAUCAGCACGGGGGAACAGUCCUCAGAUCAGCCCACUGGACCUCACGACACACACAACCAGCCCUAAUAGCAGACCUCAGACCACUGACACAGACCUGAUCAACCAGAGUCACCCCUCUGACCAGGCAACAGAAGAACUAACUGAGCACAUCUCACAUCACAGCAGUAAAGUGUCCAAUGAUAGUGAGCUUACCGCUGAUUUUUGCAUUAGCCCGAAUAAACCUGAGACCCCUGCAGACACUGAACACCUUCAGGAGAAGGAAAGAGGAGAGAUAGUGGGACAAGGAGGGGAGAGAGACAGCAAUGAGACGGAAAGAGUGGAAAACCAGGGCAAAGACAAUGAUUUCACCCCGAGAGAAACCUUUGACUCUGCCCGCUCCAUCAACAGCUACGACAUCCAGGUCACAGAGGAAGUGAUGCAGCGUUCGGCAGAAGCUCUGAGUCACACAGGGAUUCCUCAGCGCUUGGACACGCAGGAGACUGUACGCAAAAUGGCUGCCAUGAAAACUGAGCACCGUGUUCGUUUGAGCACGCUGAAGCUGUUACUGGAACGGGGAGCUGACCCCAACGUAUCCAGAGUCCCCAUGCCUGUCCUCUUUUUGGCCAUUAUGGCUGCUGACACUGAGGCUGUCAGGAGACUUCUGCUAUGUGGAGCUCGAACUGACAUUCCCCUUCCACCUGAGAGGAAAGGCCUGUAUCCCCUGCAUGUAGCUGCAUCACUGCAAGGUCCAGCAGGGCCCAGAAUCACAGAGCUGCUGCUGCACACCGCUACUGACCCAGACGCACAGGCAUGCGACCAGGAUGAGAUCUAUGAACAGGAUAAGAUUUUCAUGAAGGGCCAGAAAUCACAGAGCAGUAAUGAGAGCCUGUGUCCCAGAGAGGGAGGACGAACGGCUCUGCACGUGGCUUGCCAGAGAGACAGCGAUUACAGAAAUGCCAGCAAGGUGGUAGCCCUCCUUCUCUCCCACAGAGCCAACGCAGACCUCCUCUGGAGUGGACACUCACCUCUCUCCCUGGCAAUAGCAAGUGGCAAUGACCUGGCAGUGGAAGAGCUGUUGAAAGGUGGCGCAGAUCCCAACAUCCCUUUGGGCAGCAGGGUGGGCAGCGCCCUCUGUGUCCUCGCCAACAUCAACUACCACUUAGGUGGCAACAGAGCUAAACUGUUGGACAUGUUAGCAAAGGCCGGUGCCAACAUCUUGAUGCCAAUUAGAGUGGGCGAUGUCGUGGGAACUGCAGUCGACUUCGCAUACUACUCCUUCAACCAGGACUUUCGUAUUGCCAACACUCCCUUCCAUGCUCUGAACAUGCGGGAGAGGGAAACAUUCAAAGAACGGCGCCAGCUGCUGAGCCUGAUGGGAGAUUUGCUGAGACAGACUGCUGCCCAGAGGGAGAGAGAGCAGCUAGAGGGAGAAGAAGUGAACAGUGAGCCCAGUCCCAGCUGUCAAAGUCUACAACACGUAACAGAAAAACACCGGACGCCGUUGUUUAAGUUCUGCUACCACUGCGGUCGCUCUGUGAACGUGAAACUGACCGCUUGCAGCCGCUGCCACAAGGUGUUUUACUGCUCUAGGACCUGUAAACUGAAAGCAUGGGAUGAAAGGCACAAGGACGAGUGUAUCCGGGUGUCAGCAUCUGCUGAUGGCCUCCAGAAGAGUGUUGUGUUUAAAACCCAAAGAGGCCCCAGGCCCUUGAAAGUCAUGUUGAAAUCAAAAACAGUCCCCAGGCCCUUGAGUGUCAAGUUGAAAUCCCAAAGGGUCCCCAAACCCUUGAGCAUGACUGAGAAGGUCUUGGAGAGCCAAGUCGACCUGAAGGAAAACUACAGCUUCAACUGA